GUUGUUGUACAGACGUUGGCGGUGUAGGCAGGUAGGUGGACAAAUCUCGCAGCAAGCCAACUACGCAAAAGAUGAUAUCGAGAUUCAAAAUGAUGCUGACGUUGGUCAACGUUGUUGUCUUGGCAACCAUCCUACGUGGAGCUAGCGCUGCUCAGUGCGCAUGCGCUACUGGGAAUGUCCAUGUCCGGUCAGGUGUGGGAACAAGUCAUGCAAUCCUCGGUACUCUGAACACCGGAAGUUGCGUCACUUAUAAAGGUGAUGAGACAAGUGGCUGGGUGCACGUGGACUUCAACGGCCAGAGCGGAUGGAUCGCGGGAAAUUACGUCAACGUUCAGACUUGCUCGGGGGGUUCCGUCACUUCAGGCGGAGGCAGCCUCGACUGUGCAGGGGGACACCGGUACUCCGCACGUGGCACAGCCUACUAUCCAGCCAACAACGCCCUGGAGGGGGGCUUUGUGGACAUGAGGGGGGCAAGACUUCGGACGCUACAGCAAUAUUUGGCUGGUAGUGCGAGCUAUGUCAGCGUUGCCAUGGACAACCAUGCGGGCAUUGCCUACGGUACCGCCAUCUGCAUCCCCGAGAUGAACCACAGAUACAACAAACACAUUGUCUUUAAGGUUGUGGACACAGGGUCGGCCUUCUCUGGUAAAGGUCACGGCCGUAUUGACAUCUGCGUCAGCUCCCAGGCCAACUCUUACGACUCCACCAUCAACGGCCAUCUCACCCUUGUCUUCCCCUGACCGCCACGUCACAUCCGGUCAGCCCAGUAACAUGUAUAUCUACCACCGUGAUAAAGGCGCCGUUGUUUUGUGUGGUU